UAUUUUUGUGUUAUUUUCCACAAAAAUAAAAAAUAAAAAAAAAAAUAAAAACCUUGAAACUUGUUUCUCAUGCAAAGCCUCACCAUCCAUAUCAUCCCUAACGUGUCACCAUAUAACACCAACCCUCUUCUCUAUACAACACAACACCACCACUACCGCUUCUGUCCUAAACAAACCCAUUUCUCCUCCGUAUUCCUCUGUAAAUCCAGCCAUUUCAUUAAAUUUAAGUCCCGUACCUGCAUCAAUGGCUGAACGUGACCGUCCACUGCCACACCAGAUCGAAAUUCAUCCACAAGACCGUGCCAUGGGCAGGGGCGGCGUCAUCACCCAACAGCAGCAAGGUCCAUCAGUUGGCAAAAUCCUUGUUGUCCUGUUUUCUCUUCCUCUGGGUGGUAUUCUGCUUGCAUUAGCAGGCUUAACACUCACAGGCUCCCUCAUUGGGCUUGCUGUUGCUACUCCACUUUUCAUUAUCUGCAGCCCGGUUCUUGUUCCAGCAGCCAUCACUAUUGGGAUCGCUGCGACUGGUUUUGUCACAUCCCAGUCCUUUGGGGUCACUGGGUUAUCGGCACUUGGGUGUCUCAUGAGCCAAAUCCGGCAGAUCACCGGGAGAAUCCCUGAGCAGCUGGAUCAGGCAAAGAGGCGCAUGCAGGAGAUGGCAGGGUAUAUGGGCCAGAAAACCAAGGAAACGACACAGGAAAUACAGAAGAAAGCAGGGUAGGAAGGAGGGAGGACGUGAUCAGUAUGAAGAUGAAAAUAGUGAGGGAAUAAUGUGUAUGUGGUGUGCGUUUCUUGAGUUUUUGAGGGUGUGGUGUACGUUUGUUGUAUGGAGCCGUAGAGGAGUACUGUGAUCAA